GACACUCCCCGCAGAAGCGGGUAACGGCUGACAGAGCGCGGGAAUAUUCCUGACUGGAAAUACUGGACGGCAAAACGCAACUCAUUCUUACCUGCAGGCAAAAUGCGGUCAUCUGAAGACGGAAAGUUUUCGGUUAAUUACCCGAAUACGAAUGUACAAGUCAUAUUUCACGGAUGAUUAAUUGAGCGCCAUCAUGAUUGCCACAGGGGGUCUGCUGCGGAUCUCAGCCAGGAGACAGGACUCCCUUCGCGCAAAGAACCGCGCCGAGAACAAGCGCAAGAGAAAAGCCAAGAAAAAGAGGAAGAAUGAGGUGGUGGUGGUGAAAGGCAAGCUGAAGCUGUGCUCCGUCUCCGGACUGGUCGCUGCCGUUGGGAUUCUGGUGCUGCUGGUUGGCAUUGCUAUGGCUGUGUUGGGUUAUUGGCCUAAAGAGAGUCCUCUCUAUCCAGGCCUGAUCAACACGGUGAGCUCUCCGAGGACGUACGGCACCACAGAACGGGAAUUAGUCAAUGUUAGCAUCAGAUGGGAUCUACUUGAUAAAGACUUCAAUGGCUCCAAUGGGACGGCUGAGGUGGAUUCGCCUAAGCUUGGAGCAUUUGCUGCGUUUAUUAACAGAUACUUGUAUUCAGACAAGCUGAAAGUCUUCGGACCGUUAAUCAUGGGCAUCGGGAUCUUCCUGUUCAUUUGUGCCAAUGCAGUACUUCACGAGAACAGAGAUAAAAAAACUAAAAUCAUCAACCUCAGAGACAUCUACUCCACCGUGAUUGACAUUCAUAGCUUGCGGACCAAGGAGCCGGCACCACUGAACGGUUUCGUGAAUUACUGCCAAUCGAAAGACACCAAAUCCUACAUUUCACCUCAUAAAAGUGGAUCCUGGCCAUCUCCGGGAUCUGGUCGACUUGACACCAGUAGCAUGAUCCCAUCUCGACGUCCGUCCACCAAUCAAUCGUCAUUGGAUAAGCAGAGCCUUACAGACACCGUCUACAGCAUAUAUCGAGAUCAGAAGCCUGAGCUAAAGCAAUGGGAAUCCAGAACCAUCGUGUCCACUUCGGUCAAUGCGUUCACUCUACCGAUGAUGAGGCUCAACAACCGGGGAACAUCGGAGAGGAGAGGCUCGGAUAAAACUGGGGAGGCUAAAAGAGAGUUUUUGGACGCUGAAGCCAUUUGCAGGCGUCUGGAGGAUCUGGUAGCGUCUCGAAGCAUGACGAAAGCCAAAGUAGAGUCUGCGCAAACUCAUCCGGAGCCUCCGCAGGACUCGCUGGAGGUGUACCGAAGCUCUGGAAGUUUGCAGGGAGCGCCUCGAGUUUCUCUGCAGGGUUCGCAGGUGAAGCUGCUCACGCAAUGUUCGCCAAGCCACAGAGCUACCGGAUCACACCUUUCUUUGAGCGCAUUGUCGGAUUAUUCAAGAUCAAUCGAUGAGGAUAUCUGUUCGCCCAUUCCUGCCGAGCGACAGCAGGUACGGUCGCGACGUCUCAGCUGCCCUCGACUCGAAGGCCUCAGCUGCGGAGGAUACACCAAACUCGAAGGUCUCGGCGGCGAAUCCUUCGAGUCCACAGACAAUGCCACGUUCAGUCGUGAGAGUUCAGUCGAGGUUUUGGAAAAGGACCAAGAGCUUCAAACUGAGUGCGGAGCGGUCAGACAAUAUUCAAAGAAACAGAAACUCCUGAUGGUUUCUCAAUCGGACACCACUUUGGAGGAUGUGGAAAUGGACAGUAUGGAGAUUUAGCUUGGGUUCUGUGGCGAUUCGCUCAAGACUCUUGGCUGAUAGUCUGUUAUGAAACUAAAGAUGCACGUUAGUAGAGUCAGCCGUUUUUCACAAGCUAAAUUCAGCUUUGAUACUAGGAAUCUGCACAGUCUGGAAUGGGAUUUAUGCGAGAGGUUUUCAGCCACCGAUAAGCUUGAAGUGAACAUUAAUCAUGUGACUAUUUUCAGUUUUAUAAGAUGGCUUUUACAGCAUUGAUAAUGUGAUUUAAUUAAAAUAUAAUCAGUUGAAUAGACUUACACCGUGUCCAUGACGACGCAACGCAAUAAAACAACCUGGGCUCAUUGUGGAAACGUAGUCCCGCGGACGUUUCUGCGGGCCGCGAUUUACGUCCCGGGAGGUA